AUGAAAGUCCUCUCAACCCUAGCAUUUGUAUGUCGAGUAAACCUAGAUGUACCGGGUGCGAAGGUGAAGCCCGUGGUGAUCCUGGUGGCCAACCAGCGCCUUGUUGUAAAAAGGAUAGUGAUUGUGACAGCCAUUGCCCAGAAGGUGGUUAUUGCAGCCGAAGUUGUGGUUGCACUUGUCGUAUGCUUCAAUGGGACAAUCCACGUUGUUGCUGGAGGUGGAGCAGCUGGUCUUUCUGAUUUCUCUGACUGGCAACCGAAAUGGACUCUUAUCAGAGAUAAAGACUUUGGAUUCGUGAAGCUUACAGCUUUGGAUAACUCUAAUCUUUUGUUUGAGUACAAGAAGAGCAGCAAUGGAAGAGUAAAUGACUCUUCAAGAUGUCAAGAGACUAUAGAGACGUCUUGGCAUGUGCUGUUUGACAGUUACCCUGCAAAAACACUUGCUUCAUAA